GGAUUCCCUAGCAGACCUUCCGCAGACCUAUGUGCCAACGAAGAAAGAGUCGCUCUCCGCUCUCGAAUCCCCCUACCUAAACCACACAUCUCAGUACCGACUGCGCUCGAGAACUGGAGCCCAUUCUGCCGCUCAAUCUGUCCGCGGUGGCUUUAGAUGGCCGAUGGUUACAGAUUCCCACAGCAAGGCGCUGGCAAUUACUAUUUUCCACAACACACACAAGCUCAUCAUCCCCGGCACCAGAUACCUCGAAACGGCACUCCACCCAAUAACAUCCGAUCUGCUUUCAGCGUCGAUACUCCUUCCCCUUCUCGAUCCCCGGACCCUAAUUCUCCCGCUCAGGGUCUAUACGGAAUGUUCAGUCACCAGCAAGGGCAGCAUGGCCGUGUCAACGGAGCUAAUGGGCGUGGACAAAUGCAGAUGAUGUAUAACUACCAACAACACCAAAAUCCAAAUCAACAGCAUGGACAACAUCAUCCGAGCAUGCAGCAAGACCAAUCUUCCCACACGACCAAUGGUGCUGUGCUCAGCCACCAUGCGACAUUCUCUUCGACCGUCCUGUCAAACUCAACACCAACGUUCACACCAGCGGCCCUGCAGAAUGGGCAAAGUGCGGUUACAAGGGGAGGGCAGGCCCAGGCGAUCAAUGAGCAUUGGGGGUUACAAUUAGAGCUGCACAAAGAGUCGGAGAAUGCCCACACCCGCAUGAUGGAAGGAGCUCCGAACCACUUUGCAAGACUGAAGGCUGGUGAGAACAAGGGCAUAGCGCAUGUCCCGAGCUCGACCGAGACCGCUGAGAACCAAGAGGAUGGAGAGAACAAUCUCGGUCGAAUGGCAGAUAACAAUCCCUCCAAGCGACAAGAUUGGCAUAACUUGGACGUCAGUGGUCAAGGUUUAAGGGUACUAACGACCCCAGUCUUCAAGUACACAUUUCUGAAGGAACUAUACGUGGCUUCGAACAAGCUCACCUGUAUACCUUCUGGAAUUGCACAGCUAAGAUAUUUGACGCACUUUGACGCAUCGCAUAACGAGUUGACGGAACUGCCGACGGAGCUGGGUAUGUGCGUAUAUUUGAAGCAAGUUCUUGUAUUCCACAACCAGAUCCAGGAAUUUCCUUAUCAAAUGGGCUCCUUGUUCAAUUUGGAAGUACUUGGCAUCGAAGGAAACCCUCUGAACCACAAGAUCAAGCAAAUGGUCAUGAAUGAAGGAACAAAGGCUUUCAUCACUGAGCUUCGAGAAACUGCUCCAAUCCCCGAUCCUCCCCCACCUCGUGAUAUCAUCAGUCUCCUAGACGACGAAAAGGCAUCUCCGAAUCAAGACAAGUUCAAGGUCUUCUCGUACAAUAUCCUCUCCGCCCCAGCAUGUACGACACGGUUAUACGGUCAUUCACCGACAGCCGCACUGGCAUGGGAACAUCGGAGAGCAACUGUGCUGGAAGAUAUCCGACUUCAGAAUGCCGAUUUUAUCUGCCUCCAAGAAGUCGACGACAAUACCUUCAAGGAAUAUUUCUGCGUGGAGCUUGCACAUAAUGGGUACAAAGGCAUUUUCUGGGCACGAACUCGAUCUCGGACCAUGGGUCCAACGGAACGGCAGAACGUUGAUGGAUGUGCGACUUUCUAUAAAUACAGGAAGUACAUCUGCCUCGACAAGACUUUGGUAGACUUUGCCAACCUCGCCAUCAAUCGUCCAGACAUGAGCAAACAGGCCGAUAUUUUCAACCGCGUCAUGCCCAGGGAUCAUAUUGGUGUGGUGACUUUCUUUGAGAACAUCGUCACUGGGUCUCGUUUGAUUCUUGCCAAUACUCACUUCUUCUGGGAUCCUGCAUACAGUGAUGUAAAGCUGAUCCAGGCUGCAAUGCUUCUCGGCGAGGUCAGCAGAUUAGCGGAUAAAUGGAUCAAUCAUCCACCUCAGAAGGACAAGGACAAGAGAAGGAUUGUACUGGCAGAUGAGGACAACUCGGAAGUCGAAACAGAAGUUGUGCCUGGGCCUUCCAAGGAGUAUCUAAACAAAACCUUCUUGCCACUGGUCAUUUGUGCCGAUCAAAACUCCGAGAUAGACUCGACGGUAUCGGAAUUGUUUGCCAAGGGUACCGUCAAGCCUGAUAUCCCUGAAUUCAAAGACCGCGCAUAUGGAAACUUUACGAAGGAUGGAAUUGAGCACCCCUUUUCAUUGCGAUCCGCAUACACGAAUCUGGACAAGACGCCCGAAGCCGUACCCUACACCAACUACACUCCAGGAUUCCGAGGUGUGAUCGAUCAUAUCUGGUAUUCGACCAAUGCGUUAGAGAACGUUGCUCUGUUGGGUAAAGUAGAUGAGGACUACAUGGCGACGGUCCCUGGAUUUCCCAACUACCAUUUCCCCAGUGACCACAUAGCACUGAUGGCAGAGUUCUCAAUGAAAGGCACCAAGACAAAGAAAGCAAUUACCGAGCCCGAUUUUGGUCCUUCGAGUCGGAAUGGUGAUCGAAGGAGAAACUAGGUCGCUUUGAAAAGGAGUAGUACUGGAGUUCGUGGUCAUUGAUGGGCUCUGCUUUGAAAUGCACAAAUAAUGCUGGAA